AUGUCGGGUGGUGGAGACGAAAAGGGAAAGUCGAAGGCAAAUGAUGUCGUCGUGGUAGAUUUCGCGCAUCCAGGAAAAUUGCCUCAUGAUAGAGUUAAAGAACCUCAGACACAGGAAGAAUGGCACGAAUUCAUCACUAGGUACUCACUGGGGGAAUACAACGAAAGCUCUUUCGCAGAUGACAGUCCAGCUACGCCGCCCAAACCUUCCCGAAAUCCUUCGAAUGCCUCUCAGCUACAAGUACCAAGUACUGUUGCAGAAAUCUUGUCCUCCUCAUCCACAUCCCUGAGCUCGAGCCCAGGGAUCAACCCUAUUCUUUCCAGGCGAGGCAGCAAUAUUCGUGAUUCCAGCGAGGAAGAAUUGCAAGAGUAUCACCCAGAUACCUCAAAUGCGGGACCAUCAAAUCAAGAUCCAGAAAUCCCAAACAUAGACACAGAUGAGCCUUUGAAGGUCCCGAAAGCAUCGAGCCAGCGGUCCAAAGACAAGAAGAAGAAUGUGAAAGACGAUCAACCUUUGCCGCAAAAUUUCAUGACUGCCGAGAAUAUGCGUCAGUUAGGCUUGAAACAAAGGGAUGAUCGAGUCAAAGAAAGGGAAAAGGAAGAAGAACGCGGACACAGGGACGACGAAGAGGCAUCCAUAAAAGGGAGAACGAGACGUCGGCAUAGAGAUCAUGCAGAGCUCGCUUCUGUUGGCAAGGCAAUGUCAGGUGAUUCAUCUCAGGACGAAGUCGCACCACCGAAGAAAAGAGGACCUCGCAAACCACGUUCAAGAGGAAGUUGGUCACUCAGAUCAAGAUCACAACAAGGCUCAAUGGUCAGGCCUGGUACUGGGCCUUCGCUUGAUAACGCCCUUCUCGAGUCUGGAACCAACGACUCCACAUCAGCCUCUGCUAUUGACGUGACUUACGAUCACACUCGAGAGCGUCAAAGGGUGAAGGAUUUCUUUGAGCAGAACGGAUAUAUGCCUGCUCCAAAACAAGCUCCCGAGGCCGCUAGAAGAAGGUUGAGAGUUAUUCGAAGAUUAGGUUUGGAGGACAUUGACCCAUAUCAUCGAGAGACGUUGGACCGUUUUACUCGACUAGCGACCACUGUAUUCAAAACUUCUUCUGCGUUGAUCAGUAUUGUUUCCAAAGAUCGUCAGAUCUUCUUGUCGGAAGUAGGGAUGGGGAUCAAAGGGACCGGUCUCGACGUCUCAUUUUGUUGUCAUUCAAUCAUGUCAUCAGCCACUGGAGAACAAUGCAUGGUGGUACCAGAUGCCGCUAAGGAUUGGAGAUUCAAGCGGAAUCCGUUAGUUCAAGAAGGUUCAGGCCCAGUACAGUUUUACGCUGGAGCUCCUCUCAAGGUUGGAUCAGGAAGCAAGGCCGCCAUCAUCGGGAGUCUUUGCGUUCUGGAUAACAAGCCUAGGACUUUCUCCAAAGACGACAAGCAUCUACUAGCCGAUUUAGCGGAUUGUGUGGUCAGUGAACUGGAAUUGAUAUACAGUCAGCAAGCGUCCGUGGAAUCUGCCAAGCUUCAUUCAAUAUCUGUCGAAUUCCUCCGUCGAUCACUGAAGCAUCGACCAAACGAAAAGGCUGGCAGCCGAAAAGGCGGCACAGGAACCGGAUCAGCAUCUGAGGCCAAGAAAGGUAACGCUGCAACGUCCAGCACAUCUUCCAGUGGUAAGCGAAUCUCAGGAGCCGAUGCUGCGCAGAAUGACAUCGAUGUGGAUAUCUACGACGAAGCCUGUCGGGAGAUCCGCAACGCUCUUGAUGCUUAUGCGGUAGCUGUUGUGGACCUCUCGCAGUUUCAUCUUUUCUAUCCGACAUACCAAAAUUCAUCAACAGGAGGUGGAUCAUCCACAAGAGGGGGAUCUUCCACUGCUCAUACACGCAGCCAAAAUACUGGGACUGCUGUGCAGUCUAGUUUUGGUGGUCGGACCGGCUCCGUUGCAUCUAGUACUGUUCGAGGCGGUGACGAAGAUGAAGCAGAAGCGUAUUCGAAACCCUCCAACAUCAAGCGUGCCAGGAAAACGUACGCGGUAACGGAUCCUUUAGCUCCAAGUAGGACUCCACAAGUAUUAUUCAUUCCUUCAAGGAGAAGAUCAAAUCCCAAGAAGAGGUAUGGCUACACUGGCGAUAGCGACUCAAACAAGGAAGGAAUAGACGAUCAGUUGGCAGUUUUAGGUUACAGUUGUUCCGAAGAUGGCUUCGCUUUCAACUUUACCUCUUCUCCGGCAGCCCGUAAAAUAAUAUCUGAUUUCAUCGCUUCAAACGUGAAGACCAGGAAGGUCUGGUACACACGAGACGACAACGAAGGCAUCGCUCAGUCAAUCACCCAUCUUAUGCCUCCAGGAACCGAAACGUCUAUGGCUAUGCCUGUCUUUGGCUUCGACGGUCAGGUCAACUUUGCUGUGGUGGCUUGCUGGACCGACCCUCUCUACACUUAUCCUGCCGGCGCAAUGCAAUUCGUGGAGACCAUAGCAGGAAGUUUAUUGGCAUCGGUGAUGAAAGAACGUCUACAUCAGGCGGAGAGGGCUCAACUCAACUUUGCUGCUGCCGCUUCGCAUGAACUUCGAACUCCUUUACAUCAGAUCAAUGCUGCAGCGAGUCUACUACGAAUGAUUCUGCCUGGAAUAUUGGAUACCCACGUUGAAGGACAGACGAACGCAUUCCGAGAAGACAAAACCGAGGCUUUAGCGCAAUUGGACAUCAUCGAAGCGAAUGGCCUAUCGCUCGGUGGUAUCUUAGAAAACAUCAUCGAUACUCUUGACAUUGGUAAAAUGGCAUCAAAAACGGAACCGGCAGCGAGGCUACCUAAUGGAACACCAGUACAGCCCGAUUUAAUGAAGCCGAAUCCAGGAGGUACCGCCGUCCUGGCCGAUUUGGGUGAGGUAUUAGAAAUGGUGGUGGACGAUGCGAUGAUCAUGGAAGCUAAGACCAGGAAAAUGACGGGUGGUGCAGGCUUGGAACAUGUAGAGGUCAUACUAGAGGUGUUACCCAGAAAUAGAGGUGGCUGGAAGAUGUCAUUCGAUUCAGGCCCCCUGGCAAGAGCAUUAGGUAAACUCGUGCACAAUGCAGUCAAAUUUACCGAAAAGGGACACGUUCAUAUAACUGUUCAGGAUGUAUCGCGAGAUGUUGCAUUACCAGGAGGGUAUGACAAUUCGAUCAAGUUAUCAACCAUUUCCAUCGAUAUUAAGGAUACAGGUCGUGGUAUGUCCGCCGAUUUCUUAGAACGAGAAGUCCUUCAACCGUUCGCAAAGGAAGAUGCUUUCACUCCCGGGUCUGGUCUAGGUCUAGGGUUAGCUCAACGUAUGAUCGAAUUACUGGGCGGAAAACUCGCUAUCGCCUCAACAUUAGGCAAAGGCACGGUGGUCCAUGUUGAAAUUCCCGUUCAUCUACUCAACGAAGAUAAUGAUUCAGAUCAAGAUGUCAUCGCAAAAAGCAACGAGACGGCUCCUGAUCCAGUACUUCCAGAGCCUGUCAGACAAGAUGGAAUAUAUCUUAUAGGAUGGACAGAAGCUAAAAACCCCUCGUUGCGAAGAGUCGGGAAAUCUUUGGCUAGACAACUGAAGUUACAUUUCUGUCGAAUUGUAUCAGAAAUCCAUUACGCGAGUCUCAUUGUCGUUCCUGAUGGUGCUUUGUCAGACAGGAAGUUAGCAGAAUUGUGUCGAUCCGCUAGACCUGGUGUACAAUUGAUUGUCAUAGGCAAAGAUCAGUCACUUGAAACACUAUCGUCGAUCAUUCGUGUCCCUUCCCCCAUCGCCUCUCGAGAUCAAGAAGAUGCUGGACAACACGGUCACCAUCAUCAGUAUCGACGGCCAAGUCCCACUAAAUCUGGAUCUUCUCCUGAGCAAAGUCCGGUAUCCGGUCCUGACUCUGAAUACCUCAAGACGGUAAAGACUAUCCAUGUUUCACGACCAUUACGACCUUCAGUAAUCAAACGUAUUAUGGAGCCUGCAAAUCUACCUCCUAUACCACGCGAAACCUAUAAAUCAGAUGUAGUAGGAGGUGAUGAGGCUAGGAACGAAGGUUCUUUGGUUGGUAGUGACCUUGCUGGCGACAAUCCCAAGGAAGGGAUUAGAUCAAAUCCUAGUGAACCGGAAGCGGCUAGGCAAGAUAUCGUAUAUUCUGAUUCUAACGACGACGGAGAAAGACUUGUACCACAGCCGCGAAGGGGUUCAACGGCAUUGUUCACCGGCACAUUCUCACCCGAAUCAAUCCCGAGACCAUCCAGACGUCCAAGCCACCACUCUCACCCUCAUCAUCAUCAUGGACAUGUCCAUCGAGCAAGUCAAAACGAGUCAGAUGCAUUUGAGGGCAAUGACAAAAGUGCUGGUCCCGAUCUUGGAUAUCUCUCGCAAAAUUCCGACGGAAUAGCUUCACUGACAUCUGCCAGUGCGAGUGAUUCAUCGGAACUUGCGCUCCCACCGGGUUUGAAAGAGUUGAAAAGUAGUUCGCAAAACACGGUACAAGGAUUAGAUAACCAGAGCCUCGAUGGGCUACCACUGAAAGUCCUUGUCGUAGAAGAUAAUGCCAUCAAUAGGAAGAUUUUGACCACGAUGUUAAAGCGUACUUCGUGCGAAUAUGUCGAAGCCGCAGAUGGGUUCGAAGCUGUUGAUCGAUUCAGUUCAUUCCAUCCUGAUCUGGUUCUCCUUGACAUCACCAUGCCAAGGAAAGACGGAUUCGCGGCGGCAGCGGAGAUGAGACAAUUCGAAUCCGCUUUUCUCGGUGAAUCAUCCGUCUCCUUGGAGGAAGUCAUGAGAACCCUAUCGAUGUCUGCUUCAUCAGGAACCGACAGUCAUAAUCGAUUGGAUUCAGGACCGUUAUCACCUACAGGUAGCCAAUCAGGUCAAAAUUCAAGAAGAGCUAGAAUUAUCGCCGUAACUGCAAUGUCAGCAGAACAUCAACGUAGAAAAGGUUUAAUCGAAUCGGGUAUCGACAUGUGGAUGGUUAAACCUAUCGCAAUGAGAGAAUUAAGAGGGAUAGUCGAAAACAUGAAAAAGGAAAAAUUAGGUUGGAUCACUUCGGGUGGUUCAACCACUACCACUGAAAUCGAAAGUGAAAGUGGUUCUUUGUUAAGAGGAUGA